AUGGAAGAAGCUCCUCAUUUAAACGAAGAUUAAUUGAAUGAAAUUUAUAGUUGGGUAGAUUCUAUCCCACUCUCCCGCCCAAAGAAGAAUAUAGCAAGAGAUUUUUCAGAUGGAGUUCUAAUGGCAGAAGUAGUAGCUCACUGCAUCCCCAGAUUAGUUGAAUUACACAAUUAUUCAGCAGCUAAUUCAGUUAAACAAAAAUAUUACAAUUGGGAAACUCUCAACAAGAAAGUAUUUUCUAAGCUUGGCUUGCUAGUUUGUAAAACUGAUAUAACAAAUAUCGUUGAAUGCAAGCCAGAAGUGAUUGAAAGAGUAUUAAAGCUUGUCAAGAAUCACAUAGAAGCUUUUAAUAGCGAUCCUUAAAAUUUUUCACCUGAAAAAUCUCAAAAGUCUUUCAACCAAAUAAAGCGUGGUGGUGCUCUUAUGGAUAGAGGAAAUAACAAGUAAAGAUUUUAGAAUUAGGAUAACCAGUAUUAGCAAUCAUAGUAAGAUGAAAUCAUUUGGGAAAAGGAUUAAACUAUAAGCGAACUUAGAGAAACCAUAGAGAUUUUAGAGCUAAAGAUGAAGAAAUUAGAAGAUUUAAUAAAAUUAAAAGAUAAUAAAAUAGCAACUCUUUAAAAUAGAAUGGCUGAACAUGGCCUAUAUUGA